UCCUGGCCACUGGAUUAGGCUGAUGGGAGCUGUAGUUCAAAACAGUAACUUUUCCAAGCUCUGGGCUGCCCCAUCUUGCAUCGCAGCCCUUUUGCGGCAGACCAAGGUGAACUCCACAGAGCAAUGGCAACAGAGCGACAGCCAGGAUUGGGCAGGGGGGAAACAUCGAAACAGGAGGCCCCAGUCUGAAACCCUGAAGCGAUGCUGGCAGCCAGAUGGACCCAAGGGAGUGACUCAGUAGCCGGAACCUUCCGAAGCCAAACUAAAAUGGUUGCACUCCUGCUUGUCCUGUUGGGAGCCUUCCGGUUUAUUGCUUCCGGUUCCUCAUCUCAUUCCAUGGAUGGCAUGUACAGUGCAUUGUGGGAGCCCAGCCAAGGACUGGUCCAGUUCAGUGGGGUAACGUAUGUGGAUGGCCAGCUCGCUACUUACUACGACAGCCAGACGAGGCGGGCCCAGCCUCGCAUCUCAUGGAUGAAGAAUGUGGAGAAGUACUAUCCUCAGUUCUGGGAUAUAAACACUUGGAGAUUUCAGAGCAGUGAGCAGAGGUUCAGAAGGGACCUGGUGAAUCUGCAAAAACAUUACAACCAGACCAGAGGCUUUCACACCUGGCAGUUGGCGUGUGGCUGCGAGAUCCACGAAGACGGCCGGAGAGAAGGUUAUUGCCAGUACGGCUACGACGGGAAGGACUUCCUCUCCUUCGACAAGGAGACGCUCACCUGGACGGCAGCAGAUGUGCCGGCCCAGUUUACCAAGCGGAACUGGGAGGUUGACGUCACUUGGUCUCGUCAUUUGAAGUUCUACCUGGAGGAGGAGUGCCCUGAUUGGCUGCCGAAACUCUUGGAGUGUGGAAAGGAGGAGCUGCAGAGGAAAGACCCUCCAAAGGUGAAAGUUACACGCAUGGCAGGUCAGGAUGAGCUGGAAACUCUCAUCUGCCAGGCCUACGGCUUCUACCCCAAGGAGAUCGACACCACCUGGAGGAAGGACAGGGAGGUCUUGGAGCAGCAGACUAUCCGCAGGGAUGUGGCACCCAACUCAGACGGGACGUACUACGCCUGGCUCAGCAUCCAGAUAGACCCUGAGGACAAGGACCACUACUGGUGCCACGUGGAGCAUGAUGGUCUUCUGGAGCCUCUAGACGUGGCUUUCAGGGAGCCUGGUUCCUCAUCUCAUUCCAUGGAUGGCAUGUACAGUGCAUUGUGGGAGCCCAGCCAAGGACUGGUCCAGUUCAGUGGGGUAAUGUAUGUGGAUGGCCAGCUCGCUACUUACUACGACAGCCAGACGAGGCGGGCCCAGCCUCGCAUCUCAUGGAUGAAGAAUGUGGAGAAGUACUAUCCUCAGUUCUGGGAUAUAAACACUUGGAGAUUUCAGAGCAGCGAGCAGAGGUUCAGAAGGGACCUGGUGAAUCUGCAAAAACACUACAACCAGACCAGAGGCUUUCACACUUGGCAGUUGGCGUGUGGCUGCGAGAUCCACGAAGACGGCCGGAGAGAAGGUUAUUGCCAGUACGGCUACGACGGGAAGGACUUCCUCAGCUUCGACAAGGAGACGCUCACCCGGACGGCAGCAGAUGUGCCGGCCCAGUUUACCAAGCGGAAGUGGGAGGUUGACGUGGGUUGGUCUCGUCAUUUGAAGUUCUACCUGGAGGAGGAGUGCCCUGAUUGGCUGCCGAAACUCUUGGAGUGUGAAAAGGAGGAGCUGCAGAGGAAAGACCCUCCAACGGUGAAAGUUACACUCAUGGCAGGUCAUGAUGGGCUGGAAACUCUCAUCUGCCAGGCCUACGGCUUCUACCCCAAGGAGAUCGACACCACCUGGAGGAAGGACAGGAAGGUCUUGGAGCAGGAGACCUUCCGCAGGGAUGUGGCACCCAACUCAGACGGGACGUACUACGCCUGGCUCAGCAUCCGGAUAGACCCCGAGGACAAGGACCACUACUGGUGCCACAUAGAGCAUGAUGGUCUUCUGGAGCCUCUAGAUGUGGCUUUCAGGGAGCCUGCCUUAAAGAGAUCCCAUCUGAGGAGCAUCUUGGGGGUUGUGCCUGCUGUCGUGAUACUGCUGGUAUUAUCUGGGAUCAUUGUGUACAUCAGAAAACAGCAACGUGGAGGCUGCACAGGAACUUCAGCAAAAUAUUCUGUUGGAGCGCCGGAGGACUAAGUGGUGUGCUGGACAGUUUGUCCUGAAUCAUCCGUGCCCCUUCAGAACUUCUGCUAGCCCAUAAUAUCGUUCCAUAGGACCAUAGGGAGCUGCCUUAUACCUACUUAUACCUAUAUCUGGAGGAACACCUCCAGAAUCACCGAUUGUGCCGCCUGACGAGAUCAGCCUCGCAAGACCUUCUCUCGGUCCCACUGGUGAGAACAGCUAGGCUGGUAUGGACCAGAGAGAGGGCAUUUUCUGUUGUGGCCCCCACCCUCUGGAACUCUCUCCCUUUCGAUCUCAGACAUGCUCCCUCCCUGUCCAGCUAUCGCCGAGCCUUGAAGACCUGGCUGUUCAGGCAGGCCUACAAGAUUGGGACAGAUUAACUUAUGUUCGGAAUUAAUGAAUGGUUUUUUAGCUUAAAAUUUGAUUAUGUUGAUGUAUAUGGAUUGUUUUUAUUCUUGUUGUUCGU